AUGUGUCAACCCAUUUCUCUGAGUCACUGGCAAGAUCAGACGCAUCGAAACCUUGUGGUUGCCCGCCGCCAUCAGUCCCUUGGAACCAGUCAACCACUUCCCGACUUAUUUCUAUGCAAUGUGCCCAAAAUUAGCGCCUACACCACUCACCACAUCGGCAAGGGUGAUGUUAUUAACGAGGCUUCUGCAAAAGAUUUCGUAGACGCCGACGUUACCUCCGAGAGCGACACCAGUGAUGAAGAUGCCUGCUUUGCUUGA